UUUUGCGUGACGGUUGCUCUCGAUGAGUGAACCGCGGAAUUUUGAUUUCUCUCGUCCUCGGCGACGCUUCUACUGGCAAAAUAAAACGGUCAUCUGCAUGGAGAAUCGUAAAAAUAUUGUAGUCUUACUUAAAUAACAAGUUUUUUUGGUUUAGAUAACGUUUUCAAGUGUAGUUUGGAUAACAAAUAUUACAGGAACUGUUUGCAAGGAGCAUGAUGGAGUCGAAAAUACCCAAACCAAACUUUAUCAAAAAACCGAUGGGAAUGACCAGUUUGCCUGGUAAUGCUCGACUUCCUCUAACAGAUUUGCUAAAUGUUCCGGCAGAUUUGGAUUUCGGCGGAAAACGCUUCGCCUCUCCGGAACUUGUUAAUGCUGCCGUGCUGAAUCGAGGAAAGUUGCGUCGUAGUCGCUCGGCAACCGACCUAAGCAGGCCAAACUUUCAUCGACCUAAGUUUGUGCCAAAUUUGGAACCAAUUUCUUCGGUGAAAAACAGUCUAAAUUCGGCAGGUAUUUCGCAGAUGCUUCAGAAUAACCUGGUCAGACAAGUACACAAACCUACAAGCCUGCGACGGAGCGUUUCAGCUGGGGACAUUGUCAUGAAAGUUCCCACAACUAAUUUUUCAACGAACACAAAUAACGGGCUUCAAAUGAAACGGCAGAUUUCGUCAGUCACUUCCGGAUUGCCAUCAAAGGCUAACAAAACUAAUGGUACGGCGAGUGCCACGGGAAAGGUUUUUGCUACGAAGACGGUUAGCAGUACCGCGCCACCCUGUAAAAAACCUACGAUUGUAUCCAAAACUAAAGUGGUUCCCGUUAAGACGACGGUCUCAGCAAAUUCUAGCACAUCCAGUACCAAAUCCGUCACAUCCAGUGGAGGAGCAGCGAGAAAAGUCAUAAAUAAACGUAUCCCUGCGUAUGAUUUUAAGGCUCGAUUCCAUGAUUUGCUUGAAAAGCAUCAGAGUCUUAAAGAAAAAUUUGAAAAUCUCCGCCAAAUCAACUCAGACUUGGAAUCGCUUCCGCAAAAAUAUGACGAUUGUGCUAAGGAAUUGAGCAAACUGAAGCAAGAUCAUGAAAAACUAAACGUUGAAUAUGGCUCGGUCAUUGAGGAGAAUGACAGCCUGAAAUUGAAGAACGUUUCGCUCUCCACAAGUCUGAACGAAACAGAGUGUGAGCUGCGCUUAUUCAAAGAACGAUUCAACACGGCAGAUACAGAACGGCAGCAGCUGCGAGAGUUGGUAAGAUCUCUGCAGGAAAAAUCCUCCGCACUGGAGCAGCAUAAUGAAGUACUACGAGAAGAUAAUGACCGAAAGGCAGAGAUACUGUUUCGGGCCAACAUUGAACGGAAGGAUUUGCACAACACAAUUAUGGAUUUGCGGGGAAAUAUUCGGGUGUUCUGCCGGGUACGGCCACCACUGGCAUCCGAGGCAGAUCGUUUGGAGUGUGCUUGGAAGUAUCUGGACGAGCAGUCACUGGAGAUCGGUGCCACGGAUGGAAGCAACAAGCGCAUGGAAUUCAGCUUUGACCACGUGUUCCACUCGAGAACAACGCAGGAGGAUAUCUACGAAAACGUGGCACCCUUAAUCCAAUCAGCUCUGGAUGGGUAUAACGUAUGCAUUUUUGCGUACGGCCAAACUGGAAGUGGCAAAACCUACACUAUGGACGGGCUGACGGAUAACGUGGGAGUUAUUCCAAGAACAGUGGAUCUGAUUUUCAAUGCAGUCGAAGACUAUAAGCGGCUCGGAUGGGAGUACGAGAUUCGUGUAAACUUCUUGGAAAUCUACAAUGAAAUCUUGUAUGACCUGUUGGAUUCAUCCGGAACCACAAAGGAACUCGAAAUCCGCAUGGCUAACGCAAAAAACAAGACCGAUGUUUACGUAUCGAAUAUUAUCGAGGAAACCGUACAAACCAAGAAUCAUUUGCGUCAACUUAUGGCGGUUGCGAAAUCCAAUCGUGCCACAGCCUGCACGGUAGGAAACGAACGUUCUUCUCGGUCACACGCAGUUACGAAAAUUCAACUGAUCGGUACCCAUAAAGAGAAGACCGAACUUAGCAUUGGCUCCAUCAACCUGGUUGACUUGGCCGGUUCUGAAAGCCCGAAGACAAGCACCAGAAUGGAUGAAACGAAAAACAUCAAUCGAUCACUCAGCGAACUUAGCAACGUCAUUCUGGCUUUGGUGCAAAAGAACGAACAUAUCCCAUACAGAAACUCCAAACUCACGCACCUUCUGAUGCCCAGUUUGGGUGGCAACUCUAAAACUCUUAUGUUCGUCAAUGUUUCGCCUUUCCAGGAUUGUUUUAACGAAACCGUGAAAUCGUUAAGGUUUGCAUCACAGGUGAAUGCUUGCAAGAUGCAGAAGGUCAGGAAAAACAAAAUUCUAAACAAUUCUAGUAUGUUUUAAGCAAUGUUCUGUGUUCUUUGUAAUCACUCGUUUUUAUGAAGACAAUUAUUCUAUUUGAAUUAUAAGUUUUUAUGUAUCCCUGAAUACUUCUUUAUAUAAUUUUAUUCAUGCUUCUAAUUUAACAAAACUACACCAAAAUCAACAGACUUUUACUAAAAUUGUUCAAUAAAUGUGUAUUCCUUACUAAUAACCUUUCAAAA